AUGAGCAACGGUUCGGUGACCGACCUGUUGUUUAGGGGUGCUGCCUCGACGCCUCCGUGGUCCGACCGUCUUGGCAUCGCGCUCGACGUGGCCCGGGGCCUGCACUACCUCCACGACGAGCUCAGCAGUCGCGUGAUCCACUGUGACGUCAAGCCGCAGAACAUCCUCAUAGACGCGGCUGGCACGGCCAAGAUCGCCGACUUCGGGCUCGCCAAACUGCUCCAACCUGACCAGACACACACUUUCACCGGUGUCCGCGGCACGCGUGGGUACCUGGCCCCCGAGUGGUACAGGGGCACGGGCCCUGUCACGGCGAAGAUUGACGUGUACAGCUACGGUGUGGUGCUGCUCGAGAUCAUGACGUGCAGGAGGAACAUGGAAAUGGAGGAGGCCGGCGAGGAGCAAACCCUGAUGGAGCUGGUGUAUGAGUGCCUACUGAAGGGUGAGCUGAAUAGGGCCAUGAAAAGCGAGGAGGAGGUCGAUACGGCGGCCGUGGAGCGGGUGGUGAAGGUUAGGCUCUUGUGCGUGCAAGGAGAACCUGAGUCUAGGCCGUCCAUCAAAACCGCCAUCUUAAUGCUGGAAGGACAUCUAGACGUACCAUUUCCUUCGCCUCCGGCUUCUUAG